UGCCUGGCCGUGGCGCUAGGACCCAGGCCGCUCGGCAGCAACCCUGGCGGCGGCGGGACUGGAAUCGCUCCCCCCCUGAUUCCAAGCUUAACUUCCCGAGCUGACGUCAGCUGGCAGCCUUGGCAGUACUCGCCGCUCCGGACAUAGCGCUGAGAAAAAUGCUGCUCUCCGUCCCGCCAAGGACUGGAAUCAAUCCAUACAACGGCUACAACAACAGAAACAGUAAAAAGCAGGCCUAUGUGUCCUCCAGCCACCAGAUGGCGCCGCCUAGUCCCAACACCAACAGUAGCAGCACCAGCAGCGCUGGUGGAGGGGAACAGCUGAGCAAGACCAACCUCUACAUCCGUGGCCUUCACCCCGGCACCACUGACCAGGACCUGGUCAAACUCUGCCAACCGUAUGGGAAGAUUGUAUCCACCAAGGCCAUCCUGGAUAAAACCACCAAUAAAUGCAAAGGUUAUGGCUUUGUUGACUUUGACAGCCCAGCGGCAGCACAGAAAGCAGUGACUGCCCUGAAAGCCAGUGGCGUGCAGGCACAGAUGGCCAAGCAACAGGAGCAGGACCCCACUAACCUGUACAUCUCCAACCUGCCCGUGUCCAUGGACGAGCAGGAGCUGGAGGCCAUGCUCAAGUCCUUCGGGCAGGUCAUCUCCACACGGAUCCUGCGUGACGCCAACGGCACUAGCCGUGGAGUGGGUUUUGCCAGGAUGGAGUCAACAGAAAAAUGUGAGGCCAUAAUUCAGCAUUUUAACGGCAAAUACAUCAAAACUCCUCCCGGAGUACCAGUACCCACGGAACCCUUGCUGUGCAAGUUUGCAGACGGGGGGCAGAAAAAGCGCCAGAACCAGGGAAAGUACCUGCAAAACGGGCGGCCCUGGGCGAGAGAGAGCGAAGCGGGCGGGAUGACGCUGACGUAUGACCCUACGGCCUUACAGAAUGGGUUCUACUCACCUCCUUACAGCAUUGCACCAAACCGAAUGAUUGCUCAGACCUCCCUGUCUCCGUAUAUGCACUCUCCUGUCUCAUCUUACCAGGUGCACAGUCCAUCCUGGAUGCAUCACCAGUCAUACCUCAUGCAGCCAGCAGGGGCGGUGUUGACUCCAGCGAUGGACCAUCCCAUGUCCAUCCAGCCCACCUCCAUGAUGGGCCCUCUUACUCAGCAGCUCAGCCACCUGUCAAUGGGCAGCACGGGCACGUACAUGCCUGCAAACACAACUAUGCAAGGGACCUACAUCCCUCAGUACACCCCAGUGCCUCCCUCUAGUGUUCCUGUAGAGGAAAAUGGUGGACAACAACAACAACAGGUUGCCAUGGAGACACCCACAGAACAUACAAACUACUCCUACCAACACACCAAGUGAAUCCCCAGGAGUGCUACAACAGGGGUGUUUGAGAGAGAGCAGAAAGCAUUAAGUACAUAGGAUCUCUCCUUGAGGCCAUCCAUUUUCCACAGGAAAGAAAACAUCUUGUCAAGAAAAAAUGAAAAAGAAACACCUUUUUUAUUAAGAAAAGAAAGACAAAGGACAGCCAUCAACCUUUGCUGGGCUUUUUUCUCUCUUCUAGGGUCACUCAACCAAAGGUGGGAGAUUUUUGCGACGGAGCUUUACUCUAUUUUGAUAACAAACCUACAAAACUAAAGAAAAAGAGGCUGUUUAAUUCAGAACAGGGGGAAAUUGCAAAAUUAUUAUUUUUAUGCAUGUUAUAAAAAAUCUUAUUUUUAAAAGAGUCAUUCUGGAGUACUAGAAUGAGACAAGAUAAGAAAGUUACAACACAAUGUGUCUUUUAUUUUUUUGUAAUAUAUGCAAACUUUUAUUUUUAAUUUUUAUUUGAUUUUUUUUUUCAAUCAGCAGCCGUAAAAUAUUUUUGUACAGUUUCAAAAACUCAAACAAUGCUUUCUGUUUGUCAUAUUUUUUCAUGAGUAGUUUUGACAUGAUAAUUACUGUUGUAGUUGAAGGCAGGCCAAAAACCAUUUAAAGCUACUUGUUCCUGUUCAUUCAUGCUGCUGAGAAAUCAAGCCUGGCAUGAAGUCUUAUUUUUUUAAGGGCAUCAGACAAUCAGAGAUAUUUUUUACUAUUUAUUUGUAGCUGUAGGUCUAAAUUAGUGCAUACUAAUACAAUUUCAUACAUUGAACAUUUUAAUUUAAUUUAAUACGAUCUCUGACCUAUUUAACUUCAUCAUUCAAAAUGAUUAACAAAUUACUUUUUUUCAUUAUUAUUCAUGCUGAGAGCAUUUCAUAGGCAUAUAGUUUCUGUAGUGGAGAGGUUAAAGGAAGAAUACACUUACAGCUAAGUACAGUAGAAGACUUAGAUACAAAAAAAAUAUCUAUUUUAACCUGUACAUUGACCAUUAAACUUUGAAAGCGAAAGUAGUAAUUUCACCUGUCUUGCUACCUGAGAGCAGCAAACAUGGUUGAAAAGGUUUCACAUUAUUAUACACACUGUUCUUUCACGUCUUCACUUGGCACUACUCUAUCUUCUCAUGGUGUGUCCUGGCAUCCAUGUUUUUCAAAACCGAGGUUGGGCUAUCCUCCCAAGUAUGAGUAGCUUUAAGUGGUUUUUCAUUUUGUGGCUACUUAGAUAUUGUUUUAAACAUUUUAGUAACACCUUAUGAAACCCUCACGAUACUUACGAAUGACUUCAGGUGGCAGUUUGAGACAUGGCUGUUCCAGGUUUGGGUGAAGUGGCUCCACUUUGAUUCCUGCAUAAAGUUUUCCAGUUUAGAAGAACACAAGAUAUAUGACCGUUUUAUGCUAUUAUACCUCAGAGCAUUCAGAUAGAGCUCUCAAGCCGAAUCCGAAGUUAUCCAGCAUUAGAAUUCAGAUUCAGAACAUACUUCAGUGAAGAAUUUAGCAUUCUUCCAAUUUCAACUAUAGUUUGUGGACCUUGUUACAUGUUAACUAUAUAUUUAAGUACAAUGUAACACACUCACUAUCAAUGUGUAAUUAUGUUUAGAGUUGUUCUUGUCAAAUUUGCUUACAUAACCCUAAUCUCAAAUUUAGUUUUAUGCAAGUCCCCCGAAUCAGUGUUACAAGUCAGUCCUCAGUAUGUUACAAUGUACUUAAAUAUGUAGUUCCAUCUGAAGAGGGCUGUGUAACUUGUUUUUCUGCCAUGUUUGUGGCUGUGAGGGGUUUGUUCCUAUCGUGAGGGUCAUAUUCUGGUCAUUUUUGUUUUUGUACAGAUAUGAAAAUUAGCUUUAGAUUUGGGUGGGGUUUUUGUUUAUGUUGAAAAAAGGAAUGACAGAGCUCAGCAAAAAAAAGAUUUAAAAAUGUUAAAAAAGUGUAUAAAAAACAGAACAGAAGAGAUGAGGUUUGAAACAGAAGACCCAGAUUUUUUUUCUUUGUUAAGGUUGUGCGUGAGUGAUUUUUAUCUUUUUCUCAAUGCUGCUGUUUUAAUCAGAUUUUUAUUCCUGUCUUUUAGAUAAUUUUUUGUUAGUUUCCUAAAAAUGGUUGUUUUGCUUUCUUUUUUCACCUGAAUCCUCUCACUUACAAUGUCUUUCAGGCAAAACCUUCCUUUUGAUGAAUUUCUUAUAGUUGACGUAGAUGAUCUUUUUUUUUAGUUGUAGGACCCUUUUCACGAGUGUAAGUAGUGUUGUUACUCUCUCCAGAGAUUCAUAGGAUUUUUGUGUAAAAUGUGUUUUGAGUCUGUGAGUUUGUACACUGUCCAUGCAAACCUAGACAUGCUUUUAUGAUUUUUGUUUAAAAAAAAAAUUCCAUGUCCUGUCUGUGUCUCUUUGCACUGUUUAUUUCUUUUUAUUUUAUUUUAUUUCCAGCCAAGCACUACAGGCAUUCAGAUGACACAAAAACCCAAUGAAGAACGCAUUUGACUGACCAACAGAAUUCAAAACGUAUGCUCUCGUUGAGGCCUCAACAUUUUUCAACCAAUAGCUAGUACUGCAGAUAUAGUACUGAAGGGGCUUUAGUGUGUCUUGAAUGGCAGUUCUUGAUACAGGUGACAUUGCCAAUUAUCAAGAUUCAUUCAAGAUUAAACAUACCAAGCAGUAAACACUUCAGAUCACCGAAAUAACACUUGAUGUUUUAAUGGAAGUGGACCUGGAUCCAUCAAAGCAUGGUGUUAUUAAGCACCUCAGUUUAUAUCAUUCAUAGACACUAAACAUAGAGUAUAGUACUUUCAUUCAUAUUCAAAUGGAAAGAAAACACAAUUUGAUUGUAAAAAUGUUGUGUUUUUAUGCAUAACACAGGAUAUCGGCCACAACAUAACAUAGGGUGACAUUGGCCUGCUGCAAUGUCCUUCAUACAUCCCACAUAGUGUAUCUGAAAUCUUGGUCAGACAAAUGCAUUUUCCAAGGGUUUGUCUCUCUAUUCUCCUCAUGCAUUCUCCAAAACAAGUUUGUUUUCUCUAUAAUGUCUGCAACCAAAGAUGACAAAGCCAUCUACCAGUUGAACAAGCUGUCUAAAAUUCUCUGUUAUUCACCCCUUAUUGGAACAAUCCAAAUGAAAACAAUGUUCCUUAUUACCCUCUGACCUCUUAUAAGCAAUAUUCACUUUCAGGGAUAGUUUUGUCGCUGGUGUGGACUUCAUGUUUAUUUGAAAAGGAAAAAAAAACAAUGAUUCACAUAGAAUAUUCAUGAAUCAUGUGUAUUAUGCCAUCAGCUUGAGGUCGUAAUACUUAAUACUUAAACUACAUAAUUGGCUUUACUUAAAUUGGCAGCAACAUUUUUAAUGUUAUUAUUAUUUCUGUACAUAUUUGGCCUUUCCUUGAUGCUUGGUAGUUUAUAGGACCUUUUUGAUGGUUUUCAGUGGCUUGUUGAAUUUAAUUGAUGUGACUGUUUGAUUUCAUUGUGUUUUCUUUUGAAUUGUUUCUUGUCUGAUUGUCUGUUUUUGUUAUCUUGUUCUGUCCAGAUGUAGUUAAACUAUGUACAGUUUAUUCACAUCAUGAACACCUCAUGAAGGAAAGAGCAUCUGUUUUGGUUUUUGACUUGCAUGGCAAAAGCAAAAAUCAACAUACCAUGCAUCAGCCAUUACUUCAAAUACAAAAAUUGAAAUACAGUUUUGAAACUAUGAAAUGACUGUUUUGUUACACAGCAGUGUUUUUAGGAAGCUUAAUUAUGGCAUUCUAUCCUCAAGGCACCUGAGAUAAGCUUCUUUGGUUGUGAAUAAACUCUAACCUAAGAGAGUGUAGUAGUCUCACAGUGACACUGAUAGACAUGCAGCUGUUGCUCUCAGUUGUUUCAUCGGUGGCUGAUUUGGGUAUUUAUUAAUCUCAGUGAAGAAGAUUCCAUCACCUCCUGUCUGUUAUUACAUAUGAGUUACGUAGGUUAGGAAAAAGUGAAUGCAACAGCUGAAUUGUUUUACACACCAUUGAAUGCUUUGUUGUAAAAAACAGUCACCCUCUCAGAAAAUGCCUUGUAGUCUUGUAUGACUCGUUUCAUAGUUUCAAAACGUCUUGCUGCUAUGACGGAAUGUUCAAGCAGUUCAUGAGAUGAGAACCACAUGUAGUAUAGGACAUAACAAAAUGAUAUGUAUUUUUGAAAAUAUUAAAGAAAAGGAAAAAAAAAUAAACUCAAACCUGCAGGAUUCAGAGUUUGUCAAUGUGCCUCAAAGCAAUGAGUGCAGUAUGGUAAUCCUUCAGAACAGGGAGCAGACGUGUGAUUUCUCACGUUGCCUGAUAUCUCCUUCGAUGUACAUACAUGGUUGUCUGAUGUUAGUGAGCCUUUAGCAUUGUACACAUGCUGUACAAUUAUUCAUGCCUUAAGAAAAACUUCAACACUGAAGUACUUAUCCUGUGCCCCUAUGUCUGAAGUGUUAUCAGGAAAAAGAAAAUGCUCAGUUUUUGCCUUUACCUACAUAGUCUGUCCAUUUUAACCGUAGACAACAUAUUUGUUAUUAUUUAUUUCAGCUAUGAUGAUUUAUAAACACUCAAAGUCAAACAAGCUGGAGUGUCAGGGUUGUGCUAUUGCAGCAGCAAAAAUGACACCGUCAACACAUUGUGUUAGGCAAUUAUGCAAUUUCUGUGAAAUCUAAUUAUUUGCAUCUAUAUGUUACUAUAUAGAUAUGACUAUAGAUGACAGAAGAAUUUCUGGGGCUUCUUUGUAUAGCCAUAAGAGUCCAUGAUUACUAGGAUUAAUUUUGAUGAUAGUUUCAUGUCCCGUCCAUAUAAACUCUCAUUCUUAUGGUUUGAGUUUUGCAAUCAAUUAGACAUUGUGGUAAGCGAACCCAAGGACUCAUCUCAUCAACUGCUUCUCAACAUUUUCUUUAUUUAUACAAGAACUCAUUUUGUACAGUGUGAACAAGGAAAAGGAGUUAAAAAUAAAUGUUGAAUUUUUUGUUUGUUUGUUUUAUUUUCUAGUGCAUCAGCCGGUUGCUAACCAGCAGUUUUGUCUUCCUGUGCCACAGUUGCUGAUUUCUCUGUCACUCUGUUUUUUAUUCAUUGAUAUUCUUUUCUCUUGGUUGUACUCUUUUUUUGAAUUUGAUAUGUUGAUUUUCUUUUUUUUAAUAAAAUUCUUGUUUUUCAA